AUGUACAAUGGCAUUGGAUUGACGACCCCCCGUGGAAGCGGGACCAAUGGCUAUGUGGUCCGAAACUUGUCCACUCUCCGGAGCCAUCAAAGUUCCCAAGAUCGCGCAAGUGCUUGGGAUGUUGCACCACCAAAGCACCGUGAACCCGACGAAGGCAUUCUUGAACACGAGCGCAAGCGAAAAGUCGAAGUAAAAUGCUUGGAACUCCAGCUGGAAUUGGAGGAUAAAGGGAUGGAGGAAGAACAGAUUGAAGAGCAAGUCAGUGCUCUUCGGACAAAACUCCUUGCGAACCUCUCUUCUUUGGAAGCUUCCGCCAAAUCCCUCAAGGCCUCUGACACGCAUGGUCUCGCCGCCGCAAAAAAGAGCGAACUCAGCAAAAUGGCGCGGGCGUUGGGGACACGCACCGAUUAUGUCGAAGGAGACGCUUUCGACCGAGAGAAGCAGGAGGAGAAUAGGCAGAAACGCAUGGCUGAACGUGAGGAACGAGAGAAGAGGAGCAAGGAGGAGCGUGCGAAGAUGGAGGAGCAAAAGGCCAAGUGGGAGGCGGAGAAAAGGGAGAGAGAGAGGCUGAGACGAAGAGAAGAGGAUCGCAUUCGAAGGGAGAGGGAAUCCGGAGACCUGCGGCGGAAGGACAGCAGGAUGCCCCCACCUCCCCUCCCGCCUUCGCGCGACAGGGAUGACCGUCGCGACGAUUUCCGUGGUGGUGAUCGGCGAAGGAGCCGAAGUCCCCGACGCGGGCCUCCCCCAAGCCGACCGGAGCCUCCCAGGCAAUCUCGCGGUCGUUCGAGGUCCCGUUCUGAUUCACGCUCGCCCUCUCCACCGCCUCGCAGACGGCCCCGCUCGCCUUCUCCAGCUCGCUCAAGGUCUGUCUCACGAUCGCGGUCCCCAAUUGAUCGCCGACGCGGUUCCCCUAUCCCGUCUGCCUCGCCUCCAGUGCGCUCUCGACGAACACGUUCGCCCAGCCCUCGGCGCCGACCUCGUGAUGUGUCUAUGUCUCCCCCUCGCCGACCCCGCUCUCCCCGCUCGCGUUCUCCUCCCCCUCGCCGUAGCCGCAGCCCUGUGCGCAACGAGAGACGCGAACGAUCGCCGCCAAGGAGGCGUGCACGUUCUGCUUCGUCUGACUCUUCCAUGUCUGUGAGCACUCGCUCCAGUCGCUCCAGUCGCAGUGCAAGCCGUGACUAA